AACCCCAAAAUUCAAACAUGAAAUUUACAAACUUCAGCAUCGUGAUAUCCCUAGGGCACACAUUGCGUGUCUUCGCACAGAGCCAUUGGCCCAUUAAAUUUGCAAGGUUUGCAACUUGCAAAUGGGAAGGCCACAAUUUGCGGUAAAUGGGUUCGCGGGUAUCCGGUUGCACAAUCGGAUCCACACCCGGAAGCCACUGAGCUAGUUGGUGUUGAAUGGCCGUUAGGCCAGCGGUUAAGAAACAGCGACUGGUUUGCCGUCUUCCUCACGAAAUUGUCCCACCCCUUCUUCCAUUUCUUCUUCUCCAACUCGUUGCUUCAGCAACAGACGCUUAAAGCUGCUUUGAAGUGCUGACCGCUGCAAUCUCCCGCGACCCCUGUAGAAAACUCGAUUGACAUUCAGACAUUUCUCACCAACCAAAACAGUUCUGUUGUUGGCUGAAAAGGUUUGAGAGGUUAAAUUUGCCAAGUUGUUGACCUUGGUUUGAAGAAAUGGAUGUAUCUGCCCUUCUAACAUCUGUGGGGAUAAAUAUUGGCCUCUGUAUUUUGUACUUCACUCUGUAUUCUAUACUGAGGAAACAACCAAGUAAUGUUGAUGUUUAUGCACCUCGCUUACUGGCUGAAGGUAAAUUAAAACAGAGAAGUCAUUUCAACCUGGAUAGACUGUUGCCUUCUCCAGGGUGGGUGCGAACAGCGUGGCAACCUUCGGAAGAGGAACUCUUGUCAUCAUCAGGAUUGGAUGUCGUGGUCUUUAUGCGUAUUUUCAUCUUCAGUUUGAGAGUCUUUUCAUUUGCUGGGAUCAUUGGGAUCUUUGUUCUUCUUCCAGUGAACUGCUUGGGUGAUCAGCUUGAGGAUGUUGACUAUUCUGAUUUUUCAAGUAAUUCCUUGGACUUAUUCAGCAUUUCAAAUGUAAAAAAUGGCUCAAAAAUGUUAUGGAUUCACUUCUCCGCUGUAUAUGUUGUCACUGUAUUUGUCUGUUGUCUUCUUUAUUAUGAAUAUAGAUAUAUUUCUUCCAAGAGGAUUGCUUAUUUCUAUUCAUCCAAACCUCAGCCACAUCAGUUCACCAUUUUAGUUCGCAACAUCCCUGUUUCUGCCGGCAGCAGUGUCAGUGACAGUGUCGACAGCUUUUUCUCAGAGUGUUAUCCAUCUACAUAUCUAUCAAAUGUUGUUGUUCGACGAACAAAAAAACUUCAGAGUCUCAUUAAGGAUGCAAAGAAAUUGUAUAAACGGCUUGUACACUUGCAGUCAGAACCUACUCAAAAAAAGUUUCAGCGAGAUUGCUGUUUUGGAUUGUUUGGACGGAAGGUUGAUCUUGUAGAUCACUAUGAAAAGAAGCUAGAAGAUUUAGAGGAGAAUGUGAGAUUGGAACGGUCAGAGGUUUCAUCACAAGGGGAAGAAAUUCGAGCUGCAUUUGUGUCUUUCAAGUCUCGGUACAGUGCUGCAGCUGCUUUACACUUGCAACAAUCAGUCAAUCCCACACUGUGGGUCACAGAGCAAGCUCCAGAACCUCAUGAUGUUUAUUGGCCUUUCUUUUCUUCAUCAUUUAUUCGAAGAUGGAUUUAUAAGCUGGUUGUCAUUGUUGCAUGUACUCUUCUUACAAUCGUAUUCAUAAUACCAGUUGUGAUUGUGCAAGGCCUCACUAAUCUUGCUCAAUUGGAAGUCUGGUUUCCAUUCCUAAAAGGCAUUUUAGCAAUAAAAUUUGUCAGUCAAGUAAUUACGGGGUAUCUUCCUAGUCUCAUUCUUCAGUUAUUUCUGAAAAUAGUGCCACCUAUCAUGAAAUUUCUUUCCUCCAUUCAAGGAUACAUUUCCAAUAGCAAGAUAGGGAAAAGUGCAUGUAACAAAGUUCUUUGGUUCACAAUAUGGAAUAUAUUUUUUGCAAAUGUGCUUUCUGGAUCAGUUUUAAAUCAAAUUUCCAUAUUCCUUGAUCCCAAGACUAUUCCUGCAAAGCUAGCUGUUGCUGUUCCAGCACAGGCAUCAUUUUUCAUUGCUUAUGUUGUCACAUCAGGAUGGACAAGCACUGCCUCAGAACUCUUUCGCACAACCCCUUUCAUUUGCAGUUUAAUAAGUAAACCCUGUAGAAAAAGUACAGAUGAAGAGCUUGAAGUUCCAUCUUUUCCCUACCACAAGGACACUCCAAGAGCUCUAUUCUUUGGCCUUCUUGGUAUAACAUAUUUCUUUCUAGCUCCACUGAUUCUGCCCUUCCUUUUGGUUUACUUCUGUAUUGGAUACAUCAUUUACCGGAACCAGUUCUUAAAUGUAUAUGCACCCAAGUAUGAAACUGGCGGCAAGUUUUGGCCUAUAGUGCACAAUUCAACGAUAUUUUCUUUGGUGCUGAUGCAUGCUAUUGCACUGGGAAUAUUUACACUGAAGAAGCUCCCUCUGGCAACAGACUUAAUUGUUCCCCUCCCAGUCCUGACACUUCUCUUUAAUGAAUAUUGCCGGAAGCGCUUCCUUCCCAUUUUCAUUGCUUACCCUGCUGAGUGUUUGACAAAGAAGGACAGAGAAGAUCAGGAUGAUGAUACAAUGAAUGAAUUUUUUGAUAAAUUGGCCAUAGCCUACAAAGACCCAUCUCUAUUUCCAUUCCAGCACUCUGCAAGCACUGAGAGCCAUAGCAGUCCCCUUCUCUCGUCUGCUGAAGUUUGAGGCAGGCAUCUAGUCAUCUUUCUACUAUAUUGAUGGGACUUAUGAGUAUGGUGCAUGUAAUACUAUCAUGGUCAUUUGUGAUGCUAAAUAUGUUUUGCCAUGGGCACGGUGGAAUGGAUUCACAUGCUCCGGGUCAGCAGUCUGUUUGUGUGAGUUAGAAUUUUCAUUUAAUGUUGAGCUGUUCACAAUUCCUUUUAAGAUAAAAAUUUACAAUUAUUCGCAUUAUAAUGAUUCGAUAUUAUUAAAGCUCGUACGAAAAA